GAGGAACUGCCGAAGACACUUCUAGUUCCUGGCACGCUCGGCGGUUUAAGUGCUCUGCGCGGUGCAUCCUGGGGUCUGUAGUCCCUGCGUUCUGAGAGGAGGCCGAGCGGCAACCUAGCUGGGCCUCUUGCUCGUCAGAGGUCUUUUUCGCUCCACGCGCCGGGGCUCUUUCCCGCUAGCGCUGGGCUAAGGAGGUAGUCGACGGCGUAGCCGGCAGGAUGGCGCGGCAGGGCAGUCGCGGGGGCGCUGAAAGCAAGAAAAUGUGCAGUGAAAAUAAAGCAGACUAGAUGAGCACAGCAGUUACAGAACAAGAGCUCGGAGCUCUUCACGCUGACUUAUGGGGCACUGGUCACUCAGCUCUGUAAAGACUACGAGAACGAUGAGGACGUCAACAAGCAGCUUGAUAAAAUGGGCUACAACAUAGGUGUUCGACUCAUAGAAGACUUCCUGGCCCGAUCCAAUGUGGGGAGAUGCCACGACUUCCGAGAAACUGCAGAUGUCAUUGCAAAGGUGGCCUUCAAAAUGUACUUGGGCAUCACCCCGAGCAUCACAAACUGGAGCCCGGCAGGUGACGAGUUCUCCCUCAUCAUCGAAAACAAUCCUCUGGUGGACUUUGUGGAGCUGCCCGAUAACCACUCGUCUCUUAUUUAUUCCAACCUCUUGUGUGGAGUGCUGCGGGGAGCCCUGGAAAUGGUUCAGAUGGCUGUUGAUGUCAAAUUUGUCCAAGACACAUUGAAAGGAGAUGGAGUCACAGAAAUCAGGAUGAAAUUUAUCAAGCGGAUUGAAGACAAUCUCCCUGCGGGAGAGGAAUGAGUCCAAGGGCAGCCUCCCUGUUGAACUGGAGGGGAUGAACUGCCCACCCGGGAUUUGUAGGCACGUCAUGCCUUCUGUUACGUUCAGAUGCCCAGUUUGGUUCAUUAAGAUGUUGUUCUACAUUAUUUCCUUAGGAAGCAACUGUUUGACUUGUUCUGUUUUAUUUUCACCAGAUUUGUAUAAAAGGCCUUCGUAACCUACAAAAUAUUUUUCAUACUCCUCAAAGAAAACGAAUACCCAUUUGUAGCUUCUAUGUUUUGGCUUCACACUAAUCAGCAGGACUGUUAAAGCAUUAUAAUUUUGAUCCUGAGCAUAGAAGUCAGAUACCAGUUAAAGAUACUACUUACUUUGUGGUAGAAGAAGCUUAUCAGUACAUUCUCUCUUCAACUUCCUGCCCAUAGGUGUGUGGGCAGAAUGUGCAUAUGUCUAUGGGAAGCAGGAAGCCAUUUCUAGAUUGCAAGGAGUGCAGUCUGUAACUGGAAAUUACCUGGGGUUGCUAGUGGAACUCAUUCGGUAACUCAUUCAGUGCUGCUGCUUUAGUUGUGCAGUAUAGGAAGAAAAGUUAUGUUUCACUUUAGGUAUAUCCUUUCUGUUUCCAACACUGAAACAAAGUAAGAGUCCUGCACUCAUGCAAAAGACUCCUAGUGGCAUUCUUGUGUGAAUGAUCUUUCUGUGGGUGUUCUUCAGUGUUGUACAAAAUGGUGCUUGAACGCUCUGUUGUCUUCAGCCCAUCUUGUCUAAUCGACUGGAGACCCUCAAGGAGAUUUGGCAAUUGCACGCUUUCUUAGUUUGCAAUUUUGCUUUUCAAAUAAUGUUGGAAAUGUCUUUCAAGGCAUAAUCAUUUGAGCAGAUAAAUUCAGGAGAUGGGUUUUUAAGCUUAGAGCAGGCCUGAUUUGUAUAAUUAAUUGACUAAAUAGUUAAAACACAUUUUCUUCUCUUUUUUUUUUAUGGAUGGGGCCCAUCUGGGAACAUGCCACAUUAUUGUGUAACGACGGAGUCAAGGCAUUCAACUUGCUUCUCACAGUUUGAAGGCGGGGGUCUUGAGGCUGCAGGUCUUGGCACCCCUGGGGUCCUGGGAGGCAUGGGUAAGGGUGGGUAAGGAUGGAUGGGGCCCGUUUGGGCACAUGCCACUUUAUUUUGUAACAACAGAGUCAAAGCAUUCAACUCACUGCCCUCUGUGCAUGUAUGCUCCCAUAUUACUGCAUCCUCUGGUAGCCAAAUGCUCCCCCAAGCCCAAAAGAAUUAUGGAGAUGAGCGUGGAAGGAGAGGGAAGCAUUGCUCUGCAUGUUUAAUUCUUUGUGGCCUUCUGUGGCGAAGUCUGACAUGAGUGAUGGCAGACGUUCUGUGGGUGUGCAGUGCUCCAUAGUGGUACUGACUUCUGGGCGGUACUGUUCAGUCCUUCUCACAGUUUGAAGGCAGGGGGGGGUCUUGAGGCUGCGGGUCUUCUUGGCACCCCUAGAACUGCCAAAACACGUUUUCUUUGUGAAUUACCAGCCGUUCGUUCUGAAUGGUUGUGUUUGGCUUUUCAGUGCUGAGAAGCUAAUCUUGGUGUCUUUUGGGGGGAUUGGUGGGGGUGGAGUAGCAGUCUGGAGGCCAGUUCUCUUCCAGAAGGUUAUAGAAAGAAGCUCUUGAUCUGAUUGAUUCACGUGAGGCUGUGUGCUAAUGCUUGUGUGCAGGGUGGGUGCAGGAAGCACUUAAGAUUUGUUUUGAACAGGGAAAAUCAACAUGAAUUUCACUAGUGAAUUACAUUAGAGAAUGAAAUUGUGCUUACAGAGGAGAUCAUUCUCUUCAGGCAAGAUAUGUAAUGCUUUCCUUCCAAAUCCAGCAGUUAUGUGUGUCUAUAAGAAAACUUUUAGGUUAGAAUUGGAAUGUCCACCUUCCUUAAUGAAGCACGGUGUGCUGUGUGAUCCUGGUCCCUAUCUGGAGUCCCAAGAUACAACGAGCAGAAGCUGACAUUUGUAGUCUGCAGCACACAGAGCUGAGUGUAAAAUUGUAAGAGUGAUGAAUCAGUGAAGUGUGGAGAAUGGAUUGCAGGAUUUACACACAUAAUUAUCAAGCAUCUUGUUAGACAUUGCAGGCCUGUGCGGCAAGCGAGUUUCAGUGAAGGUGGUUCAGAUUAAUUAAUUUUUGCUUUGUGAAAGAGUGAAGCAAGUUAUAUAGGAUGUGGGAGAAUGGGACUUGGACUGAUGUUUCAGUGAAGUGUUUUCUAAACAGCUUGAUAAUCCCAUGUUGAUGAUAGUUUCUUGCUCAUUUCUGAUAGAUCUUUCCCAGAAUUCUGCUCUUCUGACCUGGACUGGCUUUUGUCAUAUUAAUGUGUGGGUUACUGAAGAGGUGGUGAAUCAGGAAUUUCUGAGAUAAUUAUAAAAUGUCGUCUUGCCCUGUAAUAUUUAAAUCCUGUAUCUGCUCAAUAAAAAGCCAAAAUUUCUGGUCUCUAAAGGCAUUCCUACAGUGAGAGGAAAGAUCCAGCACCACCUAAAACAGCAUCCCUUUCUGAUUCCUUUUGUGAUCUUUUGAAUCUCAUUUGAGAACUGUUGCAGUGAGUGAUAUCUGGUGGGUGAAUGGGUAUCGGAUGUAUAUAAUUGAAACAUUUUGUUAUGUAAGGGGUUAUUCAUGCAUUUUCCAUUUGUAAAGCAUUUGAAGGCAACAUUUUAAACUAUUACAU